GAUGAACGAGACCAUUCACACCAUCGUCACCGGCCGUAAGUGCUGGAAGACCAUGAAGGGCAAGGGCGAGGUCGUCUGGCCGCCCUAUCUCGAGGCCGUCCUCGUCGAAGGCCUCGAGAAAUACCGCCCUGUCGAGUCGCGCACCGCACGCGCUUUCGGCCGCUUUCCCAUGCGCAACAAGUUCAUCUCCGACUACAUCUACAACCGCACCGGCAAGCGGCGCACGCCCAAACAAGUCGGCAGCCGUCUCCAGCAGCUCCGCGAUACCACCGAGGGCAAGCGAAUACUCCAGCUCCUCUCGAGCCGCCACAUGGCCCUCAUGCAGCCCGCCAAGAGCGAGCCCCAGCCCGACGCGCUUCCUGGACAGAGCAGCAGCGCGGCAGAGAGCGCGCCCGCCGGUCCCCCGUGCAACCAUGUAUACAUCGACGUCGCACUCGACACCGGCGUGCCCACCAACGCGUACUCACAUGGCCUCAGCCCGCUCUCCGCGUCCAGCGCGGACCCGUCCUUCCAGUCGUCUGGCGCACGCCCGUUGCGUGCGAUAGACCCCACGGUGACGUUCAUGUCGCGCACGCUGCUGCACGCACACGCCCGCUCCGCGUUUCGCGUGUACGUGCGGGACAGCGAGCGUGUGGUGUAUACGG